UGGGCAGUGACUUUACAGGACGGGUGACCACAGCCAUUAUCAAUACUCUUCAGAGAUUGUCUGCCUGGUGUCAGUGGUCACAUAACCAGGACUUGUGGUGUGCACCAGCUGCUCCUACGACCAUCCACCACCUGCUCCCAUGGCUUCACGUGACCCUGAUCGGGGGCUGAGCAGAUGCUAUACCUAGCCCAAGGGUGACCUGCAGGCCAGCAAAGGGAAGGAGCACCUUACACCUCCUUUGGGUGGCCCCACACAGUUAGGUGCUAAUAACUUGGUAAAUGGACUCCCUGUAUCCAGACUGACAAACUGGGAUACCAUGGUGAUUUCUCAUUCAAUCUCCCAGACGCAGGUGGUGUGGUGAAGACGAGUAACAGGAUGACCGCUGAGCAGUAACUCUGAGCAAUAUGUCAGGUUACAUACCGAGUUAUCUGGACAAAGAUGAGCUCUGUGUUGUGUGCGGGGACAAAGCCACAGGCUACCAUUAUCGUUGCAUUACCUGUGAGGGGUGUAAGGGUUUCUUUAGGAGAACCAUACAGAAGAAUCUUCAUCCGACGUACAGCUGUAAGCACAAUGGAAAAUGCAUCAUUGAUAAAAUUACAAGGAACCAGUGUCAAGAAUGCCGGUUCAAAAAGUGUAUUGCUGUCGGCAUGGCAACUGACUUGGUGUUGGAUGACGGCAAACGGCUAGCAAAACGUAAACUAAUUGAAGAGAACAGAGAGAAGAGGCGACGAGAGGAGCUGACAAAAACACUCGCUAAUAAACCGGAACCCACAGACGAGGAAUGGGAACUUAUACGAACAGUAACUGAGGCGCACAUGGCCACCAACGCCCAGGGAGACCGCUGGAAGCAGAGGAGAAAAUUUCUGGCAAGUUCCUUGGCACCGGAUGAAAUUGGGCAUGCACCGAUAAUUAAUGCUACCGAAGGGAGCAAGGUGGAUCUCGAAGCCUUCAGUGAGUUUACAAGAAUUAUCACACCUGCAAUAACAAGGGUUGUUGAUUUUGCCAAAAAGCUACCAAUAUUCUGUGAGUUGCCAUGUGAAGACCAGAUAAUCCUUCUGAAAGGGUGCUGCAUGGAAAUCAUGUCUCUGAGGGCAGCAGUCCGCUACGACAACGAGAGUGAGACUUUAACUUUGAACGGCGAGGUAGCUGUCAAAAGGGAACAGUUAAAAAAUGGAGGCCUUGGCGUUGUGUCGGAUGCAAUCUUCGAUCUGGGAAUAUCUCUGUCUGCAUUCAACUUGGACGACAGUGAGGUGGCACUUCUCCAGGCUGUCCUUUUGAUGUCGUCAGAUCGACCCGGCCUCACCAGCAUAAACAAGAUAGAAAAAAUCCAGGAGUCCUUCCUCCUUGCAUUCGAACACUACAUUAACUAUCGCAAACACAAUGUUGCCCACUUCUGGCCUAAACUACUGAUGAAAGUGACUGACCUACGAAUGAUUGGAGCUUGCCAUGCAAGUCGCUUUCUUCACAUGAAGGUGGAAUGUCCAACAGAGCUCUUUCCACCAUUAUUCCUGGAGGUCUUUGAAGAUUAAGAACUUAGUUUGGAACAGCUGCACUACUUAAUAUCAUAAACUGUAUUAGCACUACUGAGCGAUGUUUAAUUGCACUUCACAGAGUACCUUUUUCCAGAAGUGAUGGAGAAACAUUCCAUUAAUGCGGGUACUAGUGAUUUUGAGGACGUAGCGUUCUUUUUUGUACACAUUUUCACUUGUGUGGACUGAUGUUGUACAUGUUUGUUUUCGGAUGAGAUGAUAUGGUAUAAUAUUGUUUGUGGUAAGGAACUCCCAACACGAUAAUCAAGUAUGAGUUUUCUCCUGAGUGGAUUUCAAUGGAAUUAAAUCGACUAAAUGCUCUAUUUGCAGGCAAGUCACCAUUGCCAAAGGCUUAACUAAUUUGACAUUUUUAGGGCAAUUUUAGAAUGGUUCUGAGGUGAAAAAUUAAGUCAUUUUCUUUCACUGGGGCUAAAAUUCAAAUAUAAAGAAGAUAACUACUAGGGUGCCUCUCCUCUACCAACAUCUAUACUAUAUUCCGAUUGUUAUUUAUUCAUUGAGAAACACACAAAAUGCUGGAGGAGCUCAGCAGGUCGGACAGCGUCUGUGAAGGGGAAUAUACAGUCAAUGUUUUGGGCUGAGACCCAAUUCUCCUUCAUAGAUGCUCCCUGAGUUCCUCCAGCAUUUUGUGUGUGUUCCUCCUUUCCUUUCUUCCAUAGUCCAUUGCCACCUCUCAUCAGAUUCCUCCUUCUUCAGCCCCUUAAUUCUUCCGCCUAUCCCUCCCCAAUUAAGAUUUCCGGAAUCUGCAGAAUCACUUGUGUUACUUAUUCACUGUUUAUGUGAAUACCCAAGACUGUAAAUUAAGGAGCAAAAAUAGAUGCUGUUAUACCGUGUUGUGCAAAUGAACAAACAUGUAUAAACUAGCAUCUACAAAACCUCAGUACACUUCAGUAAGAAUAGAGUCUAAACAACACAAUAACUAACCGAGUUAUCCAACUGCCUUCUAAAGCAGGUUACCGUUUGCAGCAGCUGACAUUGCACGGACUGUUCCACAAGUAGACAGUUCCCAUCAGACCAACUGAAGAGGCAGCCAGAGUUUUCAAGUGGAAAGUGCCCACGUUUUGUGUCAUUAGGAUUGCUUUUCCAAAGUUGCAAUUGAGAUACGGGUGGAAGGGGAAAAAAGGGCUGAAACCUAGCCUUAGAUAUGCUGCGUCUUCUAGGACCCUAGCCGUGAGCAUCAGCAGGGGAGAAACAGCUCUCCUCAUACUGACAUCGUUAAUUUGCCCUCAGUAUUCCACUGAUGUCAAGAGUGGAGAAGAUUUUCUCUGUAUUUACUAAAUGCAGCUGCUGUCUUUCAGGAACUCUUUUUUUUACUGGGAACGUGCCUGUGCAAGAUCCACUUCUUACCAAAUAGAUCAUCCAGAUUAAUCCUUUUUAUUGAGCUAUUAUUCACCUCAAGAUGUCAUAAACACUUUCCACAGCUUGAGAGAGGUUAUUUUUACGGUGCUAAUCAGUUUGCAAGUGGUGCUCUCAAUGCCUCCCAUGAAUGGAGCUUUAACUUCUGCAGUUUAUUCUCUGCAAACUGUGGGAAUGAAUACUAGGGUCUACAAUAUCAAUAUUUAUGCCUUGAUACUCACAUCCUUAUUGUGCCAUGUACCUUGUUCAAAAGUACCAGGAAUGCAUUCUCUUUGAAAACACAAUAGUUCUAGAUUAACCUUGCUGAUGAGAGCUUAGGAUGAAAGAAUGACUUUUUGUUAGACCAUCUUUCCGUGUUAUUUUAUUUUUAUUUUAAUCUAGAGCAGGGGUUUCCAACCUGGGGGUUCAUGGACCACUCAGUUAAUGGUAAUGGUCAGUUAAUGGUAGGAGUCCGAGACAUGAAAUAGGUUGGGGGCCCCUGGUUUAGAGAUACAACGCGGAACAGGCCCCUGCGGCCCAACGAGCCGCGCUGUCCGCCCAGCAACCUGCCUAUUUACCCCUCACCUAAUCACAGGACAUUUUGCCAUGACCAGUGAACCCACUAACCGGUACGCCGUUGGACUGUGGGAGGAAGCCGGAGCAACCGGAAAAAAAAAAGCCCACGCAGUCAUGGGGAGAACACACAAGCUCCUUACAGAUGAAGCAGGAAUUCAACUCUGAACUCCGCUGCCCCGUGCUGUAACAGCAUCUCACCAACCGCCCCAAAGCCUUGUCUUUUUUUCUAGGCCUUUUUCCUGUGUUCUACCAGUAACGAUGUGCUGACUGCAGCUAACUUUCUGUUUUAUCUGACUGUAUCAUAUCAAUGGGAAAUUGAAGUUCAGUGCAGAAAUUUCAAAACAGAAACACAGCCAGACUUACGGAAUGUAAGGUUGUUUCCAGCACUGAGUAAAAGCUAUUUUUAAACAGAGAUACAGGCAGAACAGGCCCCUCUAGCUCACCAAGUCACGCUGCCCAGUGACCAACUUAUUUAACUCUAGCUUAAUCACAGGACGUUAUACCAUGACCAGUGAACCGACUAACUGGUACAUCUUUGCACUGUGGGAGGACCCACCCACACAUGGGAAGGACGUACAACCUUUAUCAUAGAGGGCGCCCGAAUUGAACCCCAAACUCCGGCAUCCCAGCUGUAAUAGCGUUGUGCUAACCGCUACCCUACCGUGGCGCCCCUGUUGUGCUCCUGAUUUUUUUUCCCAUGCUGAAGUACUGCUUUUACCCAAAACAAAUCUUACAGUACAACAAAAAAAAUACAACAAAUCUACACUUAGUGGCCACUUUAUUAGGUACACCUGCUCAUUAAUGCAAGUAUCUAAUCAGCCAGUCAUCUGGCAGCAACUCAAUGCAUAAAAGCAUGCAGACGUGGUCAAGAGAUUCAGUUGUUGUUCAUACCAAACAUCAGAACUAAGUGACUGACCGAGGAAUAAUUGCUGGUGUCAGACAGGGUGGUUUGAGUAUCUCGGAAACUGCUAAUCUCCUGAUUUCCGCUCACAACAGUCUCUAGAAUUUACAGAGAAUGGUGAAAAAAAACAAAGAAAAUCAUCCAGUGAGCGAGCAGCAGUUUUGUGGGUGAAAAUGCCUUGUCAAUGAGAGAGGUCAGACUGGUUCAAGCUGACAGGAAAGCGACAGUAACUCAAGUAACUAUGUGUUACAACAGUGGUGUGCAGAAGAGCUUCUAUGAAUGUACAACAUAGAAAACAGGUGCAGGAGUGGGCCAUUCGGCCCUUCGAGCCUGCACCGCCAAUUGCCAAACCUUAAACUGGAUGGGCUACAGGUGCAGAAGAUCACACCGGAUUCCACUCCUGAAUGUAAUAAAGAGGCCACUGAGUUUAAUUGUGUCUAAAUGAGAUGAAAGAAAAGAUGCAUGACAGAUGAUUCUAAGGGGCAAAAUGCAAAGGAUAUUAAGUAAUUGAGCAUCACUUUUAAGAAAAACAAUUUUCUCCAAGAGUUUAAGAAAGGCUUGCCCUUCUAACAGAGCUUGAUUGGAAUAUUGCACAGACAUUGUCAGUUCUUUGUUGUUAAUUUCAAUGAUUUUGUAAUCUAAUACAUACUAAUACCCAUUAGUCAAGACGUAGCCGAAUUCAUGAGCUAAGAAAAUCGAAUGCACAGACAAUCAGGAUAAAAUGAACUGUGUAGCGAGCCAGAAUUCUAAUUUUUAUAUUUGAAGUACAUUAAUUAAUAUUGAAUGAUAUAGCUAAGGAAAAUAAGCCACUUUUAUAGAAUCUUAUCAGAUGUUUGCACACUUAAUUAAAUUUAUGAUAUUUCCUUGAUAUUUUUAAUAAGAACGACCACUUGAAGAAACUAGAAUUUAAACAAAUGAAGCAAAAGUCACCUUUCCAAUCUUGUUGAAAUAUUUAAUUGGUAUGUAAAUAUGAUGGUCUGUUUGUGCUGUAAUGUCCAUUGUGUGAGGAAGAUACCGAUGACAAAAUAUGGCAAGUAAGCUUCGAGUUUGCACUGUAAGAAAAUGUAAGUUGUUUUGUGUUCUGCUUAAGCAGCUGUUAAAUUUGUACAGAAAUAUUCCAUUGAGUAAAUUUAACUUCAAUCUUUAUAGAUUUAAAAUUAGUAUUUCUAAGUGUAUUCCUAUAAGAGUCUCUGCUGCUUGGAGAGCAAGCAUUCAUAUAGGAGUGAAAACAAACUCAUCUUGCGUAUGCUGCCUGUAAUGUAUGUGCUGAUUAAUAAUUUGCUUUCUUGUCAUAUGAAUAUUACAAUGUCAUGUGAUCCCAAAGUGACUCAUAUGUCCAGUUUGAAUGUUUGUGAUUUUCCAUGACUUCAUGUUGAAACUGUACUUGUUGGGGUGUUAGUGAAUGCACAUAGUGACAAUAAAUGAACAUAUGAUAUAUAUAUAUCAUAGGGAACAGGAAAGGGAGUGCUGCAUGUUAGCAUUUAAUUGACUACGUGCCAGAAUUACUUCUAAACUGAUCAGGGCAAGAUGCUGAAGUUUGGCUUGCCUACGACCAGAGGGCACAGCCUCAGAGUAGAAGGAUCCCCCUUUGGACAGAGUUGAGCAGCAAUUUCUCUAUUCAGAGGGUGGUAAAUCUGUGGAAUUCUUUGUUACAGACGGCUUGUAGAGCCCAAGUCGUUGGGUAUAUUUAAAGUGGAGAUUGAUGGGUUCUUGAUUAGUCAUGGUGUCAAACGGUACAGGAAGGAGUCAGGAGAAAGGGGUUGAGAGGAAUAAGAAGUUAGCCAUGAUGAAAUAGUGAAGACCUGAUGGGCCGAAUGGCCUCAUUCUUCUCCUAUGUCUGAUGGUCUUACCAGCACUUUAGAAUCCUUCACAUCUGUCCAUAACCCUAGCGCAUGCCCAGGGUUGGAUCAGACUGUUCACACCCUUGGUGUGAUAUUUGACCCCAAGUUAAGUUAUAAGCCACAUUUCUGUACUGGUGCUAUGACAGCCUGUUCCUACCUCUGGAGCAAUACAUAACUCACACACACACCAAAUUGUUAACUCUUGGCCAGCAUAAAUGUGGGGUCAGUGCCUUGUACUAACCUACAGAAAAUCCAAGUCACUGUACACCCUAGUGCACAUUGGCCAGUGCUAGCUCACUUCAAAUACCCCACUGGCCUUCUCUUUCUCUACCUCCAAACUCGGCUUCAGACCUAAAAUCCUGAACUACCUGCACUGCUGAAGCUCUGACCUGCUGAGCAUCCCUGAAUUAUAUCACUCCACAUCUGGCAGCUGUGCCUUUGUCUUUAAAAAAUCUCAGCCCUAUAACUCCAUAGCAAAGCCUUCCCCCUUCUCUACAGCUGAGGAGUUCAUCUCCUGUUUCCAACACUACAGACGCUGCAUGGUUACAUCAGCACCUUGAUCUCUGCAAUGAAAUUGGUGGAAUAAAUUUCAGUGGCACUUUACGUUUCAGUAAUAUGAGUACAAAGACCUGUUUACACAACUGAUCGGGCAAAAGUGUCUGGGCAUACUUCACUUUGAGAAGGUGCUCUAGCUACACGGCUAUUAAGUAUCAUUUCUAAAAUCUCUUAAUGUGAUUCUGUGUCAAAUUUUGUGCAAUGAUACUGUUGUUGGUGCACUUUGCUACAUUAGGGCCUAUAUAAUUGUGUCUAUUCGAAGAAUUUUGAAAAUAUUCCUUAGGCUAUUAAUCUAAUUUAGAGCUACAGACAGAUAAUGUCAAACUGUUUUCAAAGAAUAGCGUAAAAAAACAAAAGAGAUCAGGGGAAAAUGGCCAGACUGGUUCAAGCUGAAAGUGAACUGACAGUGGUGUGCAGAAGAGCAUCUCUGAAUGCACAAGAUGUCGAACCUUAAAGUGGAUUGGCUACAGCAGCAGACCAUGAACGUUCAUACAGUCACCACCGUUAUAUGCCGUGUCGUAAGAUGCAAGUGAUCAUGGCCUUUCCAUGACCAUGGUUGUUCUUGGCAAAUUUUUCUACUGAAGUGAUUUGCCAUUGUCUUCUUUUGGGCCAGGUCUUUACCAGACAGGCUCCCCCAGCCAUUAUCAAUACUCUUCAGAGAUUGUCUGCCUGGGGUCAGUGGUCACAUUACCGGGACUUGUGAUGUGCACCAGCUGCUCGUACGACCAUCCACCACCUGCUCCCAUGGCCUCACAUGGCCCUGAUUGGGGGGCUAAACAAGUGCUACACCUUGCCCAAGGGUGACCUGCAGGCUAGCUAGCGGAGGGAAGAAGCACCUUGCACCUCCUUUGGACCACCCAAAUUCACACACUUUGUGUGUGUGAUGCCUUUGAAAGCUGAGAUUUAAAAGAAAAUCCUCUCCAAAUAAAAGUGAAUCGAGAACUAGCUGUAGAACUGUAUUAAAUAAUGAAAUGCACUGAUGAAUGUUAACAAAAAAAAACCUUGGUGAAAUUUGAGCAUUGGAGCCAGUGAACAAACUGUUCUCAGUUUUGGAUACUGACAACCAGCUUCAAGCCUUUCUUAGAGUGUUAUUCCUGGUUUAUUUGUGUAAAACAUUAAAUGUUGUUUUCGGUUUGAAAUUACUCAGGUUGGUUCUUAGGUUUGUUUAAACAGUUAUCAUUCUGCUAAACAAAAAGAAACAAGCUUACAUAUAAAACACACAAAAAGAGGGAUAAUAAAUUGGCCAUGAUGGAAUGGCAGAGCGGACUUGAUGGGCUGAAUGGCUUAAUUUCACUGCAAUGUCUUACAAUCGUAUGGUCUAUAAUACUGGAAGAAUUCAGCAGGUCAGGCAGCUUCCAUGGAGAGGAAUUGGGCUGAGAACGUUCGUCUGGGCUGCCAGUGUCCAAUGACUGCCUCUUAGCCACCCGAAGACUUCAAGCCAGGGAACCUGUAUGAAGCAAGUUGGUGGAACUGCAAGUAUGUUGAUAAGUCCCAAAAUUUAGCAAAGUUGCUCAGCAUGGAUGCCUGUUUGUACCUUUGUCUGAUCUGCAGUCCUUUGGGAGGCUAACGUGGACUGCCAGAGAACACUGAACUUUAGAUUAACACUAGGUUAAAUAUGGAGUCAGGAGUAGAAAUGUAAAGUGCGGACAUUCUCCAUCAGCCAUCAAACUGCAUCAGGAUAUACAACUCCCCUCCACUGCUCUCGCAUACGAUGAAACUGAAGCAAGGAAACCAACCUGAGUAAAAUAGGACCCGAUCUUAAAACAUGUCAGAUCCACAUCAGCUCAGAAUAUGAUACAAAGCAAACUUCUGCCCGGGCAACACACACAAAAUGCUGGAGGAACUCAGCAGGUCAGGCAGCAUCUAUGGAAAUGAAUAAACAGUUGACGUUUUGGGCUGAGACCCUUCGUCAGGAGCCUUCCAUAGAUGCACAAAAUGCUGGAGGAACUCAGCAAGUCAGGCAGCAUUCAUGGAGGGGAAUAAACAGUCGAGGUUUCAGAAAGAGACCCCUCAUCAGGAAUGCAAUCAGGAUCCUUCCCGAUGAAGGGUCUUAGCCUGAAGCAUCAACUGUUUAUUGAUUUCCGUAGACGCUGCCUGACCUGCUGAGUUCCUCCAGUGUUUUGAAUGUGUUGCUCUCGAUUUCCAGCAUCCGCAGAAUCUCUUGUGUUUAUAAAUCUCUUCCUGAGCUUGGUCUUAGUUGUAAAGAGAGAAAGUUACCAUUGUUAAAAGCCACAUUUAUUAGUUUUAUCAGAUGGUUAUGGAAACAAGGGAUCAAAAAUAAUAAAAUAACAUACAGAUUUUAAAUUUGAAAUCAGUUGUAUUCAAGAAUAAUUACCAAGUAAUGUGUAAAUUAUUUUGUAAAAAGUGGAGUUAAAACGCUUGACCCUCCAACUACGAACUUUAAAGUCCAGAGGGCACGGCCUCAGAAUAGAGGGACGCCCAUUUGGAACAGAGAUGAGGAAAAAUUUCUUUAGCCAGAGGAUAGUGAGACUGGGGAAUUCAUUGCCAUAGGCAGCUGUGGAGGGCAAGUCAUUGGGUACAUUUAAAGCAGAGGUUCUUGAUUAGUCAGGGCAUCAAAGGUUAUGGGGAGAAGACAGGAGAAUGGGGUUGAGAUGAACAAUAAACCACCAUGAUGGAAUUGUGGGGCAGACUCGAGAGGCCUAGUGGCCUAUUUCUGCUCCUGUGCCUCAGGGUCUUAUCAGUGAUUCGCUUUUCUUUUGCAGGAAAGGAGAACAGUUUUGAGGUAAACAGGCGUGUUCUCCUCCAGCAUUUGGUGUGUGUGUGUUUUAAGCUUUGUUUCGCUUAAGUAAUCCUUUUCUAUCCUUGACAACAAGGAAUUUCCCGGGGGAGAUUCUGGGGUUCAUUUUCCUAUUAAGGUAUUUUGAAUGAGCUACAACUGCAGGAAAAGUCUGUCUAAAAGAUCAUUCUACGUUACUCUUGAUAAAACAAGAAUGCUCAGUAUUAUAAUAACUUACAGAUGCAAAUAAUUUUAGUCCAGAAAAAUCAAACUCGUUUAAUUUAUUGCUACUAUGUGCGUUCAUUUUACUAUUUGUUCUAACUCAAGUUGUCAACAUUUUUAUGCCUGGGAAAGUUUUUAAUACCGAAGUGCCCAUUAUUCCUGUGUGGGGUUUGACCCUCUUUGUCAGCAGAAUGUCUGAUCGUUUUGGCUAUCGUAAUCAAAUUUAGUGCUGCUACAUUACAUUCCUUGGUCAAAAAUGUGCUUACUUAACUGGAUAAUAAUAGAUUUUCCCUCUUGUAGUUCAGGGUAAUUGUAAUGAGCCUAAUUGUUCACAAUUUGUAAAUAGAACCACACGUGUUAGAAACACUCAGCUAAUCAGGCGGCAUUCAAAUAGUGAGAAAUCGUGUUCAAACUUUAACAUUACAGCCAUUACAGCCACUUGUAAAUGUGUAAGACGGCACAACUAUGGAUUCACCCUCGAAAUCUUUGUGGUUUUUGGAAUCAUAGAUGGAACACUCCAUCAUAUCAAUAGGGAUACUUUUCAGUCGGAUACAGUGAGGUCUUCACUUACAACCAGCACCAAGCUAUGAGGUACUGCUGCAACCAUACAGAACAGACUUGUAACUACCAGUAUCUCACCACGUUAGAGUUAAGAAUGUACUGCACAACUGCAUAUUUAUAACCAUAUGCUGGCUGUUUUUGUCACAAUUCAGAUUAGACUGCUUAGAGAAUAUCACUCAGCCUUUGUUCCACACUGCUGUAUUGCCAGAGGGAAUAUUUAACAUAUAAUUUCAUUAUUAUGUGCUUUUGAGUUAUAUCCUAUUUAUGUUCAACUGGUCUAUCAGAUCUUUUUGAGAUUGUCACUGCAGGAAUGGAUAAGGUGGGCGGGUGGGAGAAUGUGCAGUAUAUUUUUGGAAAUCCUUUGAUAGGAUCCUACAAAGGGAAAUGUUCAGCAACGUAAUGGUGGUUAUAUACUGGCACGAGCUGAGAGCUAGUUAACAAAGGAAGCAAUGGGUAGCAAUAAUAAUUCACACAAAAUGCUAUAGGAAAUCAGCGGGUCAGGCAGCCUCAGUGGAGGGGAAUAAACAGCAGCAUUUCAGGAUGAGACCCUUCAUCAGGAUUGGGAAGGAAGAGAGAAGAAGCCAGCUUGAUCUUCCCUCAAAGAUCAUGAGAAAUGGGGACAGGUUCUAGCUUCUUCCCCCUCCAUUCCAGUCGUGAAGAAGGGCUCAGCCCGAAACAUGGGCUGAUUAUUCCUGUUCAUAGAUGCUGCCUGACCUGCCGAGUUCCUCCAGCAUCUGCAGAAUCUCUUAUGCUUAUGAGUGGCAAUAGUAGAUCUUUCUCAGGUUGCCUGGUGGUGAGAAGUGGGACGCUGCAGCUCUGCACAUCUUGUUAUACAUAAUCCAUGCCAACGAUUUGGCUUAGGGGAAUGAAAUGUUGCAUUGGGGUCUUAAGGACAGAAUAUGAACAGGUAAAAUGGAAUUAUAAUGUGCAAAAUGGAAUCCACUUCCAUCCUUAAAACUGACAAGCUGUUAUUUUUUUAAGUGACAUAUUGAGAACUGUUCAUGUGAAAAGAGUCCUGACAGCUAAUGUGAAAUGCAGCAAGCACUCUUGAAGGCCAGUGGUACACUGAGGAGGAUUCAGGUACAGAAGGUGUAACGCAAUUAUACAGGGCAUUAAUAAUAAUGUAUCUAAAGUAUUACAUGUAGUUCGGUCACCUUAUGUUUUAAAAAUUUAAGUGCAAUGAAGAUUCACCAGUCUGGUGGGUUUGGUCUGUAACAGGGGGUUCCCAGCCUGGGGUUAACUGGUUCCCUGGGUAGUGGGUUUGGUCUAUAACAGGGGGUUCCCAGCCUGGGGUUAACAGGUUCCCUGGGUGGUGGGUUUGCUCAAUAACAGGUUCCCAACCAUGGGACCCCUUGCUUACAUAGGUCAAUGGCAUAAAAAGGCUGGGAACUCCUGCUCUAUAAGGAGGGAAUGAGUAGAUUAAGCCUCUAUCCUCAAGAGUUUGUAAAAGCAAGUUUCAUCUCACUGAGAGUUACAGAAUUCUUGCAAAGUUCAACUGAAGAGAUGCAUGUAAAAAGAUAUCUCGAGUACUGGGGCUCACCAAUUCACAGUACGGGGCAGAUUACUUCAGACAGAAAUCAGGAUGAAGUUCUUUAGUUCAGAGUGGAGGCUUUGAAAUUCUUUCCCUCGUGGAGACUCAGAGUUAUAGAUUUCUGGAAGAUCACUGGGAAUGAAGAUAGUGUGGGAGAAUGAUGCUUAGACAUGAGCUAGUUGAACGGUGGAGCAAGUUUAAGGGGGAUUUAGACAACUCCUUAUAAGAACGGAAAGACUCAAGGCAUCGAACAGUGUUGCAGAGAGGGAAACAGAAUUAACGCGUCAUGGUAACAUUCUUUCAUCAGAACUGUGUUGUCUUUCAUCAACCGUCUCUCCAUUGAGGCUGUCUGACCUGCUGAGUAUUUCAAACAUGGAGCAACACACACAAAAUGCUGGAGGAACUCAGCAGGCCAGGUAGCAUUUACUGGAGGGGAAUCAAACAGUUGCCGUUUGGGGCCGAGACCCUUCAUCGGGACUGGAAAGGAAGGGGGAAGAAUGUAUUUCAAACAUUGUGUUUGAAUUUCAAUUUUCAAGCAUCUGCCUUUGGAUAUUUAAGUCUGUGAUGUUUGUGUUUUCCUACUGUUAACCCUUUAUGUAAUUGCUCUAGAGCUGUUCCAUAAAUCUGAUCGACUUUGAUAACAGAAACCCAAAACCCACCUUCACCAGCCUGUGUGAUCAAUAGAAAUCUUGUAUGAACUGACAAUCUAAUACUUGCUGUUAUUCAGGAAAAAAAUUGUUAGAAUCCAAAUAUUAUCUUACUUACUGCUUUUAACCUCUGGAGUUAACAUCCUUUUUUAAAAAGUAACUGUAUAACUGAUGCAAUUGUGUUUUUUUGUUAUUUUGCUAUUAACUGGCACAUUAAUGCUUCUGCUUAGUAAUUCUUUAUGUAAAUGCUGAUAAUCUAAGGUAUUUUUUCUUAAGUGUAAAUACAGAACCCCAAAAAAGCUAAAAUGUCAAUAACUAAGCUAGACAGAAAUGGGUGCAGAAGUGUUUUGUGAAUGAUAGGGAUAUAUAAAUGCACACUGUGAAGAAAGAGGUAUACAAAACAGUUAUAUGCUCUAACAUAUUGUCGGGGUAGUUACUGUUGACAAUCAUAUCAUGUAAUGAGUAUGAAAUGUUUUAGAAAUGGUGCAGAAAAUAUUUUAUGUAACUGUGAUGCUGUAUUUUAGCAUAGAUAUUUUAUGUAAUAAAACAAACUUGGGGAAAAUAAUCAUUGUCUGUAUAAUAAAUUAGUCUCCCAAUCUUUGUUGACGUUCUAUACAGUCUGGGGCCACUUUAUUAGAUACACCUGCUUGUUAAUGCAAGUAUCAAAUUAACUAAUCAUAAGGCAGCAACCCAAUGCAUAAAAACAUGCAGGCACGGACAAAGGGUCCAGUUGUUGUUCAUACCAAAUAUCCACUCUAAGUGACUGAUCAUGGAAUGAUUGCUGGUGCCAGAUGGAGUGGUUUGAGUAUCUCAGAAACUGCUCAUCUCUUGGGAUUUUCAUUCAUAACAAUUUCUAGAAUUUACAGCGCAUGGUGCGAAAAAACAAAAAAAAAACAGUGUGCAGCAGUUUGUGGGUAAAAACACCUUGUUAAUGAGAGGUCAGAGGGGAAUGGCCAGGCUGACAGGAAGGCGACAGUAACUCAGAUAUCCACACCAACGGUGGUGUGCAGAAGAGAGAGCACAACACAGUGA